AUGUUUAAUAAUAUAGAAAUUGAAAAGAAUCUUUUUGAUUUAAGUUCAGAAGAGGAUGAUUCCGAAGAUGAGCAUACAAAUAAUUUAUUAAGUUGUAUGCUUAUGGCGGAUAAAAGAAAACACAGAUUUUGGAUAUCAAAUCAUUUAGUAGAGCGAAAACAAUUUGGCGAAUUUCAUAAAUUAAUUCCAGUGUUAAGUGAUGAGCAGUUUAAAAAUUACUUUAGGCUUUCUAGAGCUCAGUUUGUGGAAAUUCAUGAAUUAAUAAGAUUUGAAAUUAUAAAGCUUAAUACGAACUACCGAGAAAGUGUCACAACAGAGGAGCGUUUGGGUGUAUGUUUAAGAUUUCUAGCGACGGGCGAUUCCUACAAAACAAUUGGAUAUAGUUUCCGUUUAGGAGAAAGAACUGUCUCAAAGAUAGUUAAUGAAGUUUGUUCAUCCCUUUGGUCCCAGUUGCAACCGACAUUCAUGAAAAUGCCCGACCAAGAGUCUUGGAAAGCCUAUGAAUUGGAAUUUAGAGAACGAUGGCAGUUUCCAAAAUGUGUCGGUGCUAUAGACGGCAAGCAUGUGGUUAUAAAAGCCCCACCGAAUUCAGGUUCAUCGUUUUUUAACUACAAGAAAACUUUUUCUGUAGUAUUGAUGGCCAUAGCAAGUGCCAAUUAUCAACUGAUUGCAGUCGACAUUGGGUCAUCAGGCAGAUUUAGUGACGGGGGAAUAUUUGCUGAUAGUCCUAUUGGGCGAAGGUUAAAAACAAAUUCGUUUAAUUUUCCUGAACCUAGUCUCAUGGAAAAUUAUAAUGAAUAUAAUUUUCCCUUCGUAUUAGUCGGAGAUGAGGCAUUUCCGCUCAUGGUAAAUCUAAUGAGACCAUUUCCAAGACGAUCUUUAAAUAAAGAAAAUCGUGUUUUUAAUUAUCGCUUGAGCAGAGCUAGACGAGUUAUAGAAAAUACUUUCGGUAUAUUGGCAGCAAGAUUUCGAAUCUAUAAACGUCCAUUGGAAUGCAAAUUGGAGAGUAUAGAUAGCAUAAUUAAAGCGACCUGUGUUCUACAUAAUUAUUUAGGCACUAGGGAAGGUAGAUCGCCUAAUAUAAAUGAAGAACAAUUAGGAAAAAGUUUGCCUGAAAAUCAGUGGUUGCCAUUAGCACAUAGAGGUGUAAGAGCAACAGCUGAAUCUUUUGCCAUAAGGCAGAACUUUUGUAACUACUUUAACUCUGACACAGGAAGGAUUCCGUGGCAAGAUAAAAUUAUGUAAAUAACCAGGAGUAAUAAAACAAAUUGUCGUACGUUUUGUAUUUAUUUUAAGUAUCCUGUACCAAAUUUCUUGAAUAAAUGGUUCUUUUCGAGUUAAAAUAAAGAAUAAAUAAAAAUAAAUAUUAAAAUUUAACACCCUAUACCUUAGUAACCAUUUACUUUAGGUAAGUAUGGAAUAUAGAUAAAUAAUAUAGGUAUACAGGGUGUUUUACGUAACCACACUACUGUAAACUACACCCCUACUCGCUUAUUUUGAAUGAAACAGCCUAAUAUUGUUACUUUUUUGGAUUUCACAUUUCACACUAGAUUCUAAAAACUUUAAUGUAUCACACUUUUAUCUUUAUCCAACUGUUUUUAAAAUACAGGAUGCCAAAUAAAUAAUAUAGUGACUUUUACGACUUUAUGGGACUCUAGAGCUAAUUCUGUUAAAAGAUGGAGUGAAAUAAAGUUCAUUUUUCUAUCUUAACUUUUUCGGACCAAUCUGUGUGAUUUUUUAAUUUUGUGUUUAAUUUUGUUUUUAAUUUUUAAUUCUGUGUGAAUUUGUGUGAUUUUAAUUUUAUUUAUUUAAACUUACCGU